UUCAGAUUGGGCAGAGGUUCAGAGAACAGUGAGAGUAAAGUAACGCAGGGUGGUGGUGGUGAAGAAGGGGUUUCACUCCCGAGAAGUGAAGAAGAAGAGAUGAGCGUUGAAGAUCUUCCGCGGAAAGAGGUUAACGUGCUGAAAGGUCACGAGGGUGCCGUGUUGGCCGCGAGGUUCAACGGUGACGGCAAUUAUUGUCUGAGUUGCGGCAAAGACCGUACCAUACGCCUCUGGAAUCCUCACCGUGGAAUCCAUAUCAAGACCUAUAAAUCCCACGGCCGUGAAGUCCGCGAUGUCCACGUCACACCGGACAAUUCCAAGUUAUGUUCCUGUGGUGGAGAUCGACAAAUAUUUUAUUGGGAUGUUGCAACUGGUCGUGUUAUUAGGAAAUUUCGUGGCCAUGAUGGUGAGGUAAAUGGCGUCAAAUUCAAUGAGUAUUCAUCUGUUGUGGUCUCAGCAGGCUAUGAUCAGUUGUUGCGUGCUUGGGACUGCAGAUCUCACAGCACCGAGCCGAUUCAGAUUAUUGACACAUUUGCAGAUAGUGUCAUGUCUAUUUGUUUAACAAAAACUGAAAUUAUUGGGGGAAGUGUUGAUGGAACUGUUCGGACAUUUGACAUUCGAAUUGGCAGAGAAAUUUCCGAUAACUUGGGGCAACCCGUCAACUGUGUAUCAAUGUCAAAUGAUGGUAAUUGCAUUCUAGCAGGUUGUUUAGACUCUACUUUGCGUCUUUUGGACAGGUCCACUGGUGAAUUGUUACAAGAAUAUAAAGGACACACUAAUAAGUCGUACAAAUUGGAUUGCUGCCUUACCAAUACCGAUGCUCAUGUAACUGGUGGGUCUGAGGAUGGCUACAUUUAUUUCUGGGAUCUCGUAGAUGCAUCUGUAGUUUCAAGAUUCAGGGCCCAUACCUCAGUGGUAACGAGUGUUAGUUAUCACCCAAAGGAAAACUGCAUGGUAACUUCUUCAGUGGAUGGCACCAUUCGAGUAUGGAAAACAUAAUAACUAAACGCAAUCACGAAGCUUACCUGUUGUGUCCACGUGGUCCAUACCAAGGCCAAUUAGCACAAUGAAGACUGCAUGUACAAUUUUAAUUUAUAUAUAUAUAUAUAUAUAUAUAUAUAUAUAUAUAUAUAUAUAUAUAUAUAUAUAUAUAUAUAUAUAUAUAUAUCAGCAGAUGUGUCUUACAUGUGCUUUUGAUGUUGAAGAUGGUAAAAGCAAGGUGAGUCUGUUGAUUGCAGCUUCUCUGAUACACGGUCAUAUCGCACAAAGUUUUUGACUUUUUUGCCUUGAAAGGGGACAGGGUAUCCGUAUAAUUCACUUGUGUCCAUAAAAGUAAAACGAUUUGUAUUAUAUCCGUUAUGUUGUGAAAAUGAGUUUGUAUUCUAUCCGUUAUGGCCGGGGAUGUUGAUCUAGGGCUUUUAGUGGUGUAGUUAGUGAACAAGUGCCUGCGAUGCUGUUACGUAGCAACAAAUCUAUUUUCUGAAUCAAGCCAAUCGGUGGCUUCUAUUUUUCCAGUGAUCUCACAAAGCUCAUAAGGUGAAAGCGGAUAGAUGAGACUUGCACCCAGUUAUUCUUAUUUGUGGGCUUUUCGUUUGAAUUAGGGAAAAAGACACUCGUCCAAGUUAUUGAUGUAGACGUUUUGGACUGCUUAUUUCAUUUACGAUUAUUUAACAUUUUU